CUUUUCCCCCCUUAUUUUCGCGAAGGGUAUGGUCAUCUUGGGGAUAUAGUCUAAGGGCCCGAAGACUAGGAGAGAGCGGUUCGACGUAACAGACGUUCAAAAUGGUGCGCAUAAAGCCACUUCUCAACCCGCACCAAUUGCGCACCGCGUUAGCACCCAUAGCGCCCGUAACCCCCCGAGCAGCAGCAGCAGCAUUCUUCCCGUCGUCAUCCAUAAUAAUAUCAUCAUCAAUAUCGUCGCCAUCAUCCAUCCGAGCGUCCUCCUCAACCACGACCCGCCCCGCCCCCGCGAUCCCCUCCCCGACGCCCUUCAUCCCGGACGUGCAGACCUUCCUGACGGUCAUCGGCCGCGGCCUCAGCCAGCACGCGUCCAAGUUCCCGACGUGGGAGGCCCUGUUCUCGCUGACCUCGGACCAGCUGCGGGAGCUCGGGAUCGAACCCCCGCGCACGAGGCGGUACCUGCUGCAGUGGCGGCAGCGCUUCCUGCGCGGCCAGUACGGCAUCGGCGGCGACCUGCAGCACGUCGAGGACGGCAAGGCCGACCUGCGCAUCCUCGAGUCCGACGCCGACCCCGUCAACCCGCGCAAGUACGUUGUCAACGUGCCCCCGGGGAGGACCGUCAAGGAUUGUGCUUUGGACGAGAUGUCCCGCGUUCGCGGGUACAAGGUCGAGGGCGCCAAGACCAUCGUCGGCCCGUACGCGCUGCCGCUUAAGGGCGGCGAGGGCGCCCGCGUCACCAUCACCGAGGGCAUGUGGGAGGACCGCCGCGGCCACAAGGUCGACGGUGGUGAGAGGAGGAGGACCGAGAUCCGUUACAAGAGGCGCAUUGCUGAGAGAAGGGAGAUGAGAGAACGGGGUGAGCUGUAGAAGGAGAAUAUAUAGCACCGACGUAACCCGAAUAUAUAAAAAGAAAGAAAGAAAAAAAACCCUUGUACUUUAUGUACUAUAACCAUAACCAUAACCAUAACCGUAGCCAUAGCCAUAGCUAUUUGUCCUACGCGUGCUUGUAAUCCAACGCCGAAUAAUGCUGUAAU